CCACAGCCUCGGUGCCUCGCUCAGCUCCAGCAUGGCAGAAGUCCCCAGCCCCACUGACACCGAGUGGUGCAUUGAGUCCCUGAUCGCUGUGUUCCAGAAGUAUGCUGGAAAGGACGGCUACAGCUACACCUUGUCCAAGACUGAGUUCCUGAACUUCAUGAACGCAGAGCUGGCUGCCUUCACAAAGAAUCAGAAGGACCCUGGCGUGCUUGACCGCAUGAUGAAGAAACUGGACCUCAACUCUGAUGGGCAGUUAGAUUUCCAAGAAUUCCUUAAUCUUAUCGGAGGCAUGGCUGUGGCUUGUCAUGAAUCCUUUUUCAAGGCUGCCCAUCCUCACAAGCAGAUGUGA